AUGCCGCUUCACAAGUACGGUGUCUGGAAAGCAAUCCCUGUAUAUCACUUCUUUGAAUACAAGGAGGACGACCCUAAAAGCCCUCACUUAUCACUGUAUUUCACGGAUAAAAAAUACGAUCAACAUUCUCAUAUCGACUUUCACCAGACUCGCGGAGGUAAAGGCUCGCAUCGCGGUAAAAGCUCGCAUCGCGGAGGCAAAAAGUCGACUCGCGGCGGAGGCAAAAAACCGACUCGCGGGCGUGACAAAGAAAUCCCUGGAUGCUUCAGGGCAGCAAUCAAUAUCAAGUCUGGCGACAAGUAUCAAAACCGACUUGCCUACUGGGAGGAUCUCGACUUCAAAGAUCAUCCCAUCAUGAACAGUCUCGCCGACCUUCCUUUGGGGUUUCAUGACCUAAAAAGGGGACAAAACUCCGCUGGUGUGAAUCUAGACUACAUCCGCAGCAACUUAUUCAAUGUCGACACUGGUCGAAUUCUACCUCAUGACGAACCAGGUUCAGAUAAUGAUAUGAUCGAUGCUCUGAAACCUGAAAUCAAACAGGCAAUUGAAGAGGAGGCUGAUAUCUACAUAUUUGGUGAACCGUUCAAUGAUAGAAAAGGUAUUCACAAUGUGCAUAUGAAUCAAGGCAAUAUUGAGAAAUACGCCGAUGAUGACGGCGUGUUCCAAGAUGGUGGUCUUUUGAUCAAUUACCCAGACUCUGAUCGAUGGGUUGGGGUCUUUAUCGGAUUCGCAUCUCAGGCUGUGCACACCGAUGACGAGACCGGCCAUGCCAUCUCAUCGGAGACCUGGGGUGACUAUCUAGAGAGAGAGGAGAGAGACACCGAGCUGAUCGAAGACUCUGUGAUCAUUGAUGAGGCGUUGAUCAGCCCUGAGUCAGAUGGGCCCAAAUCCAGACGCAGGUCGGUUACUCUCAAAAAUCCAAAAAACCACAGGAUGUCACUGUCUUCCUGGAAAAUCAAAAAUUCAGCUGGUGAGUUCCAUGCAUUACCGCGUGGUGCAGCCUUAGAUGCCAAGUCAAGUCAAGCGUUCGACAUUCCGGAUUGUCAUCUCUCACAGCUUGGCGAUACCAUCACACUGUUGAAUGAAAAAGGACUGAAAGUUGACGGUGUGAGCUACAGUUCUCAACAGGGAGUUGAAAUGCAACCAGUCGUUUUUGCUCAUUGA